UGCAACCUCAGAUUAUACUGUGAACCUGGGAGCGUACCAGCUGUCCAUACCCAGGGGUAUUAUGGUGCAGGUCAGUCAGAUCAUCAUCCAUCCCACCUACCGUUCAGAGGGGUCCAGCGGAGACAUUGCCUUGUUGAAGCUCCAGAACCCCAUAGAGUACUCGGAUUACAUUCUUCCUGUCUGUAUUCCCAAUCCCAAUGUUGUCUUCCCCACCGAUCUAAACUGUUAUGUGACUGGCUGGGGCUCCAUCAGAUCAGGAGUAAGCCUGCCAUCACCUCAGACCCUGCAACAAGUUCAGAUUCCAAUCAUAGACCGGGGAACAUGUGAUAAUAUGUAUCACACAAACAAUCCCUCAACCGCAGCCACCACAACACUUAUACAGUGGGACAUGAUCUGCGCUGGGUUCAAGGAUGGAGGAAAAGAUUCAUGUCAGGGUGACUCAGGUGGACCUCUUGUGUGCUCUUCAGGAGGAACCUGGGUUCUGGCAGGGAUUGUGAGUUGGGGUUUCAGCUGUGCUGUCCCCUAUCGCCCAGGAGUGUACACUCUGGUCACUGCAUACUUACAAUGGAUUCAGCAAUACAUCCCGAAUGUCCAGCUUACAUUAGCCAACUACACUGUAACUUCCCCUCCCAGCACCAAUGGGUAUGAGACCGCCUCACCCAGCCUGACCCUCCUCCUCCUCCUCAUUCCACUGCUCCUGCACAAACUCUUGUAGCACUAGUGUGAGGUUGACUUAUUAUGCUGCUAAAAACCAACAGGAUGUUAUUUGUAUAUUUAUUUUUCAGUGUGAUAACCCCAUCAUGGUGAUGGAGGAGAAAGAACUUUAUGGGGCAUGGUGCUAACACAUUGCCCUGCAAUUAAACUGAAUGUUACCAGAUGAGAUGAAUGAAAUGACUAAUACUGAAUCCAAGCAAUGGAGAGACUUGUAAAACAGGGAAUUUAUGUCAUGUUUAUUAUUUAAUUAAAAUUUAUACUAGCAACAAUAA